AUGCAAGUGCCGGUUCUCGGCUGCACUUUCCUCACGCUAUCAGAUCGCGAGGAAAGUACUGCCGAUAACCGGCAGUUGUCAGAGCGGGGAUCGGCACCGAUCAUCAGGGCACUGAUGAUCAGUGCCCUGAUGAUCGGUGCCCAGCAGUGCCACCCGCAAGCUCCGCCCACCUCUGCCCAGCAAUCACCCACCUGUGCCCAGCAGUGCACCCACCUGUGCCCAGCAGUGCACCCACCUGUGCCACUCUGCAGUGUCACACACCUGUGCCCAGAAGUGCCACCCACCUGUGCCCAGCCACCUGUGCCCACCUGUGCCCACCCACCUGUGCCCACCCACCAGUGC